AACACAGUGGAGAAUGAAAUUGGAGAGGAACGUGGAGGAACGUGGAGGAACGUACGGAACUGAGCCGAGCAAUUAUUUACGAUACAGGGGUUGAUUUGAGGUUACCGUCGAGAUCGAUACAUUAAUUCAACUAUUAAAAUGAUAACGUUAAUACGACAUUACGAAGCCGUUAUUCAAGCAACUUCAAAAAUCAUGAAAAAUUCUUCAUUUUAUAUAUCGACAAAUAUUAGUAAUACCGAAGAAUUUCGAGUAUUGGAAUUAGUACCAAACAGUAGUAGAAAUGUUAAAAGAACCAAACGACGACAUAUAACUGCUAAAUCCACACCCAGAGCCGACAGAAUGCCAACCGAUCAAAAUUGGCAAGCGAUCUGGCCUACCGCGCGUACAUUUCAUCCCGAUACAGUACCUCUGCCACUGCGACAAGGGUAUAAACAUAAUAAACAUCCACAUCCAAGUAAAAAUGCAAAUGCAGAACUCAUGAAAAUUCCAAACUUUUUACAUCUUACACCUCCUGCAGUUAAAGCACACUGCGAAGCAAUAAAAAAAUUCUGUACUAAAUGGCCAAUAGGUUUAGAAACAGAUGAAGCAUGCGAAAAACACUUUCCUAUCGAAAUAAUCACUUCGGACUAUUGCUAUUCUUCUCCCACGAUAAGGGAACCCCUUGCUAGGAUAGUGAAUUUAAGAGUAAGAUUAUCGUCCUUACACUUGGACGCCCACGCUAAAGACAAACUGCUUAGAUUAGUGGGCGACAGAUAUAAUCCCAAAACAGGAAUAAUAACGAUAACCGCCGACAAAUGUCCAACUAAGAAACAGAAUUUGGAUUACGUGAAUUAUCUUCUCACAGCUUUGUUUCACGUAUCUUGGCGCGUCGAACCAUGGGAAGCUGAAAAAUCUGAAGUAGAUAUGGAAUACUACGACUGGGAUAAAAACAAGAGUCGAGACAGUUUAGUGUCUAUGUACAGCUGGCCAAAUCCCUCGAUCGAUUGUAAUUACGAAGAUAUACCGCAUGGAACAGAAUACAAGUCCGCGGUUUCGGAUCUAAUUAACAACGGAGAAGAUCAUUUUUCGAUCAACAAGUAUAAACAAGCUGUUAAAAAUGUGUUAAAUCUCAAUUUCAACGAGAAUGUAAAUUAAAUACAUACAUCAGAUAUUAUAAGUUUUCAGUGUUAUACGUAUAAAAAUACAUGCAAGGAAUUUACCAGAA